AUACUCCUUUCCAUAUUAGACAUGUAUUAAGGAGAUUUUGAAUUUACUGAAAUAAUUUGGAUUUCAAAGAUGUGCUCUAUUGGAUACUUUAUUGAUUAUUGUUGAGGCAGCUCAAGGGCAAUCUCGUCAUCGUGAGUCGUGAGUCGCCCUCUACGUCGUCGGCGGCGGCGAACCGAGGAAGCCAUUUUUUCAGGCAGGACAUGCUUGCACUGUAGAAGUAGAGAUGCAGAGUUUGAGAAAUUCAUCGCUGGGGCAUCCUCUACAUUGGUUGUUAUUAAGCGCAGUAGCUGUUCUCUUACGGGCGCUUGGGGCUGCUUCAGUCGUGGAACCGAGUUCCAAUUGCUAUGCAUUUGAUAAUUCCAGUUAUAUUUAUGAUUUCAGUAGCUGGAUUGGACAUGCUUUUGAGUAUGAGGGAAAGGAUUCUGACUUGGCAGUUCGGUUUUGUAAAGAUGUGGAAAGUAGAUCUCAGGCGGGUUAUGUGGAUUUUGGUCGGUUUGAUAAGUUAAACUAUUUCAUUGGUGGUUCUAGGCAUGUUACAUUUGUUCAAGAAUUUAACAAUGGCGACCUGAUGAAUUGUGAGCAGAGUUAUGAUAAACUGGGACGCACAGCGCAGGUAAAUAUGAUAUGUGGAAGUUGUUUAAAUGGACGAUGUAAAGGUGAGCUUGGAUGCAUAUGCAAUGUUACUUAUGAGUCAACUUGCAGAGUCCUUGUUGAACUUGCAAUUCCUUGCGGGAAACAGGGUGUGAGGGUAUUUGAAGGCUUCACUGUUGGCUUUCAUCCGCGGUCAUGGGAAUUAGUUUACAAUGGCAUGACUCGGUUUGGGUUUGAGAAAUCUCAGAGUGAGUUCAGCUUCAGCACCGAACAGACUCAUGUAGCACUGUAUAUGACAGCAAUUGCUUCCCUUUCCAAUUUGGUGCAAAAGCCCAAUAUUAAGGUUUUCCCAGAAAAUGGUUUAGAAGUUAGGUUGUCAGGCUCUGCGGCAGCUGGAAGCCCACCAACAACUUUGUCGCCCGCAAUUUUAAUUGUUAAUUGGAGAUGUGAGAAGGCUCAUGAUACUCCGUAUGAAGUUGAUUUUACCAUCCCAAUAGAGGGUUAUGAGACCAUUCAGUUUACGCUUACAAAAAUAUGUGAAUAUCGACAAGAAGGUGGAGACACCACAAGUGGAUGGGCAAUAUUUGGAGUGUUAUCUUGCAUAUUUGUUGUUCUAUCGACACUAUUCUGUUGUGGAGGAUUUGUUUACAAGACACGAAUGGAACGCCAGCGGGGACUGGAUGCAUUGCCAGGCAUGACAAUUUUAUCUGCUUGUUUGGAAACUGUGAGUGGAGGGAACGACUACUCCCGAGCAGAAGACUUCAACAGUGGUUUUGUUAAUCAAGCCUCUUUGGAGCGCCAGCCUGUUUCUACUCCAGGAUCAUGGAAUACAAGUGACAGAAAAUAUGGUGCAAUUUGAACUCUGGGUAGCCUAACAUUCUCAGAUCCACUUUCGAGUAUUUUUGUAUUUUGAUACAUGUUUAGAAAAUGUCACCCAUUGAAUUAAAUAUAUUUACUGUAUAUCAUGUGGCAACGUAGGUGAUGUAGAUGGUUUGAUGAGUUUUCCUGCAUUCGAUGCAUUAUUAUAUAAUAAAUGGAUAUUGAAAUUUCUAUUA